AUGGAGUACCAGGUUCGAAAGCUUCAGAUUAAGGAAGAGGGGAAUGCAAAGGAACAAAAGGCGUUGAACAUGAAGUUGGAAGUGAUUAUGUUGGCAAUUGGACGCUUGGACGCAAAACAAGCACGUUCCUCGACAAGAUUCGGAUGCAGACAACGAGGCGGGAGGUACGCAUCCGAUUCCGAUAAGGGAUAUAGCGGAAAUCAACCACCACCACCACCACCGCGAACAGGAAAAACGGCGGGUGGGGGUCAUCAACACAGACACGGACGUGGCAGAACUCUCCGAAAAUACCAGACCCGGAUCAACUUGAUGAUGGUAACGAAAGAGGAACUGAUUUCGAGAGUCGGCGUAUUGGGCGAUGAUGCAAUACAUCUUCUAAGAACUAAAGGACACGCCCAGAAGUUUUUACACCCACGCUUUGACCAAGGUCAUGAACAGUUCAUCAACUCUACGGAGAUCUUGGACUGUCUGCAGGACAUCUUCAUCAAUCCGGGCAAACAACGCGAUACGGACGCCGAGUUCCAACAACUUCGGAUGAGAACAGCGGAGGUGUACCAUACGUUCCUUAACGACUUCGUUGGAAACCCAUUUGUUAUCGACGUGGCGUUCCCACAAAUCUUAGAAACCAACAGAGAACGCCUCGCGUAUCAAGCAAGACAAGCUAAAGUUAACAGAAAAUUAGAGCCCGCUCGUGGUGCAGAUCGGCCGAUGGGAAGCCAUCCGCAGGAGGAGACCCCUAUGGGUAAGAAGAGAAAGGACGAAGAUAUCAUCUGCUAUAUUUGUGGGGAGAAGGGACACUGCAGCCCACAGUGUCCUAAACCAAAGCGCAAGGCAGACGUGAACGAGUUGGCGGAAGAUAGUUCUGAGAAACAAAGCGUGGACGGAAGUAUCAACUGUGAAGCCUUGGCAGAUUCUGGAGCAGGAGGUUUUUGUUUUAUUGAUACAACUUGUGCAUAUGAUGUGGGCAAAUACUUGGGUUUAAAGAUUCAACGCUUGCCCGAAGUCUUCCGUCCGCAUGGGUUCAACGGCAAGAAGGCGGAUGCUAUCACUGACUAUAUUCGCAUUCAUAUGUUGCUCGACGGACGACGCAUCCUAGGCCUUGUGCCAGUCCCCGUCAACGUUGAACAUCAGCGCGACGUCGAUGAUAGGGAGAUAAAUGUGAAGCGCGAAGAGAUUACGACGGGCCUGUCAAAGUCUAUCCUAAAGAGAGGCCAGGCUGUCUUCAAAGUGGAUGAGGCCUCUGAAGCGAAGUCUGAUUCAUCUUCGGAGGGAGAGCGUUCAGACCCAGCUGUACCAGGGACGAUGUGGGCAGAGGCAUCAGCGCUGGCGCCAUAUAUUUGCAUUGGACCUGAAAAGUCAGUUGGCGCGAGUGGAGCAGGAGCUAAAGGGCCUGCAUAUCUCAAUCGAAGUGGAGGAAGAGACGGACGACAGUACAAUAGAGAGCACGGAAAGAACGAGAUAUUCUCGUUAAGCAUUAACGAUAUUGAUCGUAAAAUCGAGGAUCGUGAAUCGGAGGCGAAGAUCAAGAAGAAGUUACCAUCCAAAUAUCGUACUGAGGCAAACGUCUUCUCGAAAAAGGAGUCACGCAAUCUACCUCAACAUCGGGCAUACGAUCAUAAAAUAGAACUCACGAGCCCGGAGGAAGAGCUGUCUUACAGCCCGCUGCAGCGAUAUACCAAAGAGGAGCUCCGCUCAAUGAAACAGUAUAUUGUCGACAACCUAGACAAGGGAUUUAUCAAGACGAGCAAAGCGCCGUUUGCGGCGCCGGUCCUAUUUGUGCGGAAACCGAGUGGGGUUGCGGUUUUGCAUCGAUUACCGGAAGCUCAACUCAAUCACUCGACGAGAUCAGUACCCCCUGCUACUCAUCGAUGA